ACAGACUGCGAGCUGGAAGCAAACAUCAUCAGUGAAGAAUGAAGGGUUUAGUUUGUAUACUGCUGAUGCUGGAAACCUUUGUGUUUGCCGUACAAGAGCAGGUAGAUGGAGGACUCAAUGAGAAUGAGAUCAGUCAGCAGCUCAGAUCUGAGGAUAGAAGACAGAAUCCACCUCAAGCUGACACUGUGAGAGCUGAAGCUUCAAAUGACAGCCAACAAAACUGCUAUCUAUGCUUCCCUGACAUCCACACAGCACUGAGAGAAUUGACUGCCACGGUUACUGAGCAGAAAGCAAACAUCAGAGCUUUAGAGACACGACUGAGGGAUGCUGAGCAAAUUGCAGAACAACAGACACUCCAUCUGGAAGAGCUUACCAAGAAAAAUGAUGAAAUGUCAACUCUUACUCAGAGUCAAGUAGAGGAGUUGAGAAAGGAAAAUAGAGACAGACAGAUAGCUUUUUCAGCUGGACUGAUGCAAUCUAGCAGUGGAAAUAUUGGUCCCUUUACCACUGACAUCACACUAACCUACAGGAACGUCUUCACAAAUAUAGGAAAUGCCUACAACCCAAUUACAGGUAUUUUCACAGCCCCACUGAAAGGAGCAUAUAUGUUCAGAAUCUCUGUUUAUGGUUCAGCUAGUCAAUCAACUCCAUCAACUGUCUCCAUUAUUAAGAAUGGAGAGCAUGUAGUUAUAGCACAUGCUCAUCAGGCUGGGAAUGUGGUAAACUCCUCAAAUGGAGUUGUGUUGCUCCUGGAGGAUGGAGAUGUUGUCUAUGUGAGGCUUUCAGCUAACAGGAGGAUAUCAGAUGGCCAGAAUAACCACAAUACUUUCAGUGGCUACCUACUGUUUUCCUUAAGAGAUCAGUAACUUUGCAGAAUGUGACUUUGCAGAAUGUAAUCUUGAACCUUUCAGCAGAGUUUGAAAUCUGCAAUAAAUUACUGUAUACAGAAGU